CCUCUAUCUUCCAUAUUUUCUCUCUCUUCCGUUUCCUCUUAUUCUCUCUCCUCUUCUCUUCUCCCUUCUCUCUUCCAUAUUUUGUCUCCGUCCUCGCUCUUCCACAUUUUUUCUAUCUCCUCUCUCUUCCGUAUUUCCACAUUUGUCGUUGGCAGGUGUCUCUCUCUACCCUUUUGUAUUUCUUAUCUUGUUAUUCUCUCUCUUCCCAUUUCUGUGUUCCUUUCUCUCUCUCUCCACUUUUUUUUUCAAGAUUCAUCCGUCUCUUUUAGGGCCUCCUUUCCUGGUUUCGACGAGGAUGAGCCCCGGAGUCGGAAGCAGAAAUGAAGGGAGGGGCUGGCGCGGGGAAUGGGUCCCAAGAACCAGAAACCCUAACCCAAGCCCUAGCCCUAGCCCUAGCUCUGAAACCAGAAACCCUGAAUCAGUUUUAAAUUUGAUCAGCACGAGAGAGUACGCUGGUUCUGAUCGAUUCGGUUUUGGAAACUCAACAGGGUAUCAGAGUUCUGAUAGAUUUGAUGUGAGGAACUUGAGAAAUCAGGUGAAUCCUGAUCGACUUGAUGCCAGAAACUCGAGAAACUACCGGAAUUCUGAUCGUUUUGAUUUGAGAAUUUCAAGAGAUCGCCCUAAUUCUGAUCGAUCUGAUACCAGAAACUCAAGGGAUUACCAGAAUCCAAACCAAGUUAAUUCUGGGAGCCCUAGAAUAGGUGAUCAGACUGGUGGUGCUUCUGCUCCAGUGGUUUACUCUGGUGGUUCAGAUUUAGGGUUUGAAUCAAGACGUGUCCAAUGUGAUAGUUCCAUUCGUGGUCAACAGAGAGGUGAUUUUGCAAGAGAAUGUGUGGAGAGGGGCGUACUUGGUGUUAAUCCUUCUGGUUCUCAUCCCAGAGUACAUGGAAACAGCAGAUUCAGGCAAAGCAGUGGAGGAUUUUCAAAGGAGCUAGAGAGAGAAAGGCGCACAGCUCAUGGAGGCAGGAAGGAUGUAGAGAGACAAAGGCAGAUAGAGAAAGGAAGAUCACAUGAACUGACCAUCUCUCAUGUCCCUCAACUGGUGCAAGAGAUACAAGAGAAGCUCACCAAAGGUGCAAUUGAAUGCAUGAUAUGCUUCGAUGUGGUUGGAAGGUCAGCUUCAAUCUGGUCUUGUGGUAGUUGCUUCUCUAUCUUUCAUCUCAACUGUGUGAAAAAGUGGGCAAAAGCUCCUACAUCUGUUGAUUUAUCAGUCGAAACAACGCAAGGAUCGAACUGGAGAUGCCCUGGGUGCCAAUCUGUUCAAAUGGCCACGCCUGAAGAGCUAAGAUACACUUGUUUUUGUGGUAAAAGGAGAGAUCCACCUUCUGAUUUCUACCUAACUCCUCACUCUUGUGGAGAACCAUGUGGAAAAGCCCUUGAUAAAAUCCCAAACCCUCUAUGUCCUCACCUCUGUGUUCUUCAAUGUCACCCUGGACCUUGCCCUCCUUGUAAAGCCUUUGCUCCUCCUCAGCCAUGCCCAUGUGGAAAGACAACUCUAACAAGGAGGUGCUCUGAUAGAAAGUCGGUGCCUUCGUGUGGGCAACCAUGUGGUAAGCUUCUGGGGUGUGGGCGGCAUUACUGUGAAGAAGCUUGCCAUGUUGGGCCCUGCAAUUCUUGUGAGUUUUUGCUUAAUGCCUUGUGUUUUUGUGGAAAGAAGGAGCAUGCUCUCCUUUGUGGAGAGAUGGGGAUUAAGGGUGAGUUGGGUUCUUUUUCGGGGAUCUUUUCUUGUGGGGGUUUGUGUAGAAAGCUGCUUUCUUGUGGAAACCAUCAGUGUGAGAAGAGUUGCCAUCCAGGAGAGUGUGGGGAAUGUGAAUUGGUGCCAUGGAAGAUGAAGACUUGCCCUUGUGGAAAGACCCAAUUGCUGAAUACUCGAAAGAGUUGCUUGGAUCCUAUACUAACCUGCUCAAAAGCUUGUGAAAGGACAUUGCCUUGUGGCCAUCACUCUUGUGAGGCCUCAUGCCAUGAAGGGGCAUGCCCACCUUGCCAAAUACUGGUUACCCAAAAAUGUCGGUGUGGGUCUUCAUCUAGAACAGUUCCUUGCUACAAAACCAUGAUACCAUCUGAUCAAGAUGGUUUCCUUUGCGACAAAAGUUGUGGGCAUAAGAAGAAUUGUGGUAGACACAGGUGCAAUGAGAGGUGUUGCCCUCUCUCAAAUCCAAAGGGUCGAGAAGAGCCUUAUUCCUUCGAUUGGGACCCCCAUUUGUGCCAAAUGAUUUGUGGCAAAAAGCUUAGGUGUGGGCAACACACCUGUGGUAUUCUAUGUCAUAGUGGCCAUUGCCCACCUUGCCUUGAAACUAUAUUCACUGAUCUCUCUUGUGCAUGUGGAAAGACCUCCAUAUCCCCUCCGGUGCCCUGUGGUACCCUGCCACCCUCUUGCCAACACCCAUGUUCAGUGCCCCAACCGUGUGGCCACCCUGCCUCUCAUAGUUGUCAUUUUGGUGACUGCCCUCCAUGCACUGUACCCAUAGCAAAGGAAUGUGUAGGGGGGCACCUGGUACUAAGAAACAUACCAUGUGGAUCUCGUGAUAUUCGAUGCAAUAAGCUUUGUGGAAAGACUAGGCAAUGUGGCAUGCACGCUUGUGCAAGAACUUGUCAUCCUUCCCCUUGCGAUCCACCUCCUUCCGGUGAUUCACUCUCUGGGGUUUCGGGUGAUUUGUUCUCUAGGAGAUCUUGUGGGCAAGUGUGUGGGGCUCCUAGGAGAGAUUGCAGGCACACAUGUGCUGCUGAGUGCCAUCCUGGUCAGCUUUGCCCCGAUCAAAGAUGCAAUUUUCAGGUGACCAUCACUUGUAACUGUGGUAGAAUUUCAUCUUCUGUUCCUUGUAGUGCAGGUGGUAGUUCAGUUUAUGUUGAUACUGUCUAUGAAGCCUCUGUAGCCGAAAAGUUGCCUGUUCCCCUUCAACCCAUUGAUAGUUCUACCAGCUCUGGUAGGGUACCUCUUGGGCAAAGGAAGUUCAUUUGUGAUGACGAAUGUGCAAAAUUAGAGAGAAAGAGGGUUUUGGCUGAUGCUUUUGAGAUAUCAACAAAUGUUGAUGCACUUCAUUUUGGUGAGAGUGCAGCCGUUUCAGAGUACCUUACAGAUUUGAUGAGGAGAGAUCCGAAGUGGGUCAUGGCCAUAGAGGAGAGAUGCAAGUAUUUGGUGUUGGGUAAGGGCAAAGGGAGCCCAAAUAGCAUUAGAGUGCAUGUUUUUUGUGCUGCCCCAAAGGAGAAAAGGGAUGCAAUUAGGCAAAUCGCGGAGAGAUGGAAACUUAGCAUCCACGCUGCUGGAUGGGAACCACGUCGAUUCCUCGUGGUACAUGUAACUCCAAAAUCUAAGCCUCCAGCUCGGAUUCUAGGUUUUAGAGGGGGAUCUGUCCCUGCUGCAAUAGGGCAACAAGCCCCACCCUUUGAUUCAUCAAUAGACAUGGACCCAAGGCUUGUGGUUGCGUUGUUUGAUUUACCAAGGGAUUCAGAUGUAAGUGCUCUGAUACUUAGGUUUGGUGGAGAAUGCGAGCUUGUGUGGUUGAACGAUAGGAAUGCUUUAGCUGUUUUUGGUGAACCUGCAAGAGCAGCGACUGCUCUUAGGCGCCUAGACCACGGUUCAGCCUACAUUGGAGCUGUGGUUUUGCAAAAUGUUGGUUCUUUGAGUUUGAACGCUUGGGGGGUUCGGGACGGUGGAAACUUUGGGGUUAAGGCCAAUGCUUGGAAGAAGGCUGUUCCAGAAACAGGGUGGUUGGAAGAUUCAUGGGGUGAGGAGUGGUCUAGUGGUGAAGCUUCUCAGCCUGGAUGGAAAACUAAGGAGAAACCGAUCAUGGCCUCGAGGAAUCCAUGGAAUGUGCUUGAUAAGGAGGUUGGUAGUUCACAGAGGAGUAGCUUGGUUCCACAAAUUUCUGAAAGUUCUCAGAUUUCUGAGAGUAAGGCAGAGGCUUCUUUGAGUUUGAGUUUGAGUGGAGUGAGUCAUACUGGGCAAAGUAAUGGGGGGGAGCCUGAGGAGGUGGAGGACUGGGAGAAAGCUUAUGAGUGAGGAUGUGUUACAUGUAAUGGCCUGUGGGUCUCAAAUUUUCCCGAAGUUGUGUUUCUUAUCAGCAUCCCUGUAAUUUUGUCCUUCGAGGGGUUCUUUUUUCUAUUUUUUUGUUGUUGCUGAAACUCAGAAUAUAUACUCUUUUUUUCUUUUGGGGGAGGCUCAUCUCAGCAUACAAGCUAUGUUAGCAUGAACAGUCAAUCUCUCUUCAAUUAGAGGAGAUGAAGGUACUACAUUUGUAUUGUGAUCAUAUGAUGUCAAAGCGUAUUAUACCAAUUAAAAAAAAAAGGCAUAUUAUGCCAUGUAGAUGGAAGGAA